CCAGCCCCCUCCUACUACACAGCAGCAGACUCCGUCGUCAACUAUCCUUACACCCAGGAUUACCCUGACAACGACUAUUACUACGUCCAAGAUCCAGGAAGUUUCAGCACCUAUCCGUACUACCCUCCAGGUAGUGCCAACAACGGAAACAUGAAAUAUCCGGUAUACCAGUCGGUGGUACCUUACUACUAUGGAGAUGGUCGUCAUGGUUACUACGGAUAUGAUGAAGCAAGCGAUCCUGUUUACGAUCUGCAAGAAGAGAUCCAGCAGGAAGAAGAAAGAGAAGAACGCGAAGAAGCGCUGCCUAUCGGCCAAGAGACUUGGUUUGAAGGAACCGCUGCCUCACAAAGACAUCCCAAAGGGGAGAGCAUGGAUGACGUAAACGCAGCGUUCCUACAGAACCUCAUCAUGAGCCAGAUGUACAACGAUGCAGACGGUGGCCAUGUCCUGAGACAUCCUCCUUACGUAGGGUCAGUAUAUCCCGUCGCAGACGACGAAAGUCAAGAUACCUCGGUGUACGACACAGGUAAAAGUAGAAGUCAGAUUUCUGGUGACUAUCAGAACAGCGACGAAGAACUUGAAGAUGAAGACGUCAGAGAACUCAAAUCUCUAGUGAAGAAGAACCAGAGUGGGGAAUUAAGUGACCACUUAAGCAAGAGUCCUAUCAGCUGGUACCCUGCCAUACCAACCAAGUUCAACAACCAUGAUCAACCUUGGUAUACUCACAGUUCUGUCGUCGAAAACACUCAAAGGCCUGAGUAUUACGAGCCCAUCUGGUUCCCCACCGAUAACGGCCCGUGGUUUGAAAACAACUGGAGCAGUGGAAUGCCUUACAAGAGAAACCCUGAGCCCCUGUACCAGAGCAUCAGAUCUUACAACAAGAAACAAGAAUCCAGCGAGUACGGGACAUGGAUUCCGAAAGGCACUAUUAACUUCUCAGACAGGAAAGGAAACGACAUCGCAGUCUCAGGCACAAAUGUUGCUAAAAUGUACCAGGAACAGCGAAAAUCAGCAGCGGCACAAAAAGUUAAAGCCAUUAGCCCAAUAACCACGCCCAUUCCAACAAUUUCUUCACUUACGCAAACCCCUGCAGAAGCGACAACCACCUCAGCUCCUGACUUCGACUCGAGAAGGGGCCAAAAAGAAGUGGCACUGCUGAGGCCGCCGACACCAGUUCGACACCCGUUCACAGCACACGACAUGGAUAAGAUGUUGACCAGGAGCCUACCCUCAGCGCACCGCACCUCGUCCGUGUACGGCACGAUCAAGCAGCUCUUGAACAUGGAGAAAGAACUGCGAAAGGAAACGGAAGACGAUGACCACUCUAGGCCUCAGAAACGGUUUGUAAGUAAUGAAGAAUCUCUGGUAGAAGAACUGAGUGGCCUCAAGAAACUGGAAGUAUAAAUGCAUAACACGACGACGACCACACGGGGACACUGCUACAAGUUGAGGACGAUGGCACUGAUGGAGUAUGGUACAGAGACCUGUUAGUGCAAGGUUAGUGCAAGGUCUAACCUAGUUCAGUGUCAAUGUUACAACCUGUCUCGUAACCCUUGACAGACAGGGAGAGGACCAAUCAUUAUUAAGGCCUCGGAUGAACCGGAGUUGCUGAGAAAUGCUGGAUGAAUUCCUAAGGACUUCGUCCUUGAAAAAGUCAAAGAUAAUGGAUGUUAUAUACAAAGAUAAUCAGCUAUAUCCUAUCUUAUAACAUUCAUAAUGUUUUAGGGUAAUUAGUGAUUAACAGAGAAAGAAAAUGUAAUUCCCAUAAUCUGUAUAUAUUCCCAAACGAUGUACUGAAAUACACAUUUAUUGAUUUCGUUCAGUAUCAAAACUGUUCAGUUCUUAUAGCAUUAAUAAGCCAAUUUUAUAAUUAAAGACUGUAAAAUUUUCAUCGUGUUUCUUGAGUUUAUGCAGUAAUCUAUCAACUUAACACAGUAACUGCCACGAACAACUAUUGUCGUUCACGCGAGUUCUCACGAUGUUACAGUCAUUCAUACACUUGUUAAGUUGUCCACUAACCACAAUACCGUCACCAGAUAACACAGAACGUUCAGCAUCAUUCAAGUAUUUAAAUAUUCUUAAAAUAUAUUUGGUACACUUGACGCAAAAUAUCUUCGUGGUUGAAUUGCCUCAUAGUGAGAAGGUAAAACGGAUGGACCAAGACGUUUCCCCACCCUCCGUUGUCUGUAGCAGUCAAUUAAGUUCGGAGAUAUCUUGCGACAAGCAUAAAACAGUUAUUUUCUCAUUUCAAAUCUACUGUGUCAGCCUGAGCAAACACAGUUCCUAGCCUCACACGUAUAUACUGGCAUUUAAACGGCCGGCAGCUGACGUCAAAUAACUACGCGGCCACGUAUAAAAAACACUAGCUGUUAGCCAAUAGCAAGCUGAUCAUCAAGACCCGAACCGCGAUAUUUCUAUCCUCUGGCCUUUGCAUGAAUUUAUUUUGAAUCUUUCGAGGUUUUGUAAACCACGUGAGGUAACAAGACACUGAGAUGCCACGUUUGCUUAACUCAACUAUAAUUUAAAAAAAAAAUCGGUUAUAAAUCUUAUGCUACAAUUUUCUUAAUCUUACGCGAUAGGCCAAAGUGUGAUUACUUACACGUGAUAAAUUAAGCCAAUGAAUUAUGAACAGGGUAUCACAAAAUGAUGCAUCACGAAGGGAAUAUAAUUGAAAGCACGUGACUGGUCUACUUGUAAAGCAUUUUCUGCGUUGGUGUUAAUCUGAAUUUGUAAGUCAGUAAGUAACAUCACAAAACAAUCGAAUAAGGCCACUGUGGUGUUUGAGCUGUGACGCUAUGUGGGACUGCAGGCUGUCAAGAGCGGAUUUUAAAAAGUACACGGCGUCACAACUCAGAAGACCACAAUCGACAUUUUCACCUUCGAUAAAACUUCAAAUAUCUUAAAGUAAUGAAGAAUUUUAAAUGUUAUUUGCGCCAUACUGAAGUUUCAUUAUGUAAUGUAAACUGAGCAACAUUCAAUUUGUCGGUUCAAGGUUAUAUAAAAAGGAAUUUACAUUUUUAAAUAAGCAGAAAAUUAUUUCUAUUUUGUUAAUACCGAAAAUACAAUGUGACAGCAAACAAAAUAUUGCAGGUUUAUGCUUCAUUCCUGAUUGUAGACUACCAUUUUCAGAUCCAAACCUAUAAUAAUUUACUAUUCUUGAGGAUUUCACAUAUGGAAUAUAUCAAUUAUAUAUAAAACAUUUGGAUUAAUAUUAGUUACUAUAAGCCUGGAGUAUGCAUUAUAAACAAACAUAGAUUGCCACACAUUGGUGACAGACAAAGUUAGAAUGCAUUGCAGUUCGUUAGAUAAUGGCAAAAUUACUUUUAAAAUCUUCAGUAAAUUCCAAGCAGUCUACCUUCAAAUUUUAAUCGCAUAACAUAAAUAAUUACUAAGAAUGGAGACUAAAGAUCGAUAGGUACAUCUAUAAAUUAUAAUCAGCGGUUAUCGUAUUUUAUUCUCGGAACUUAAUGAGUAAACAUCAUUCUUCAUCAAAAUGCUCGUAUCACUGGAUGGUGUCAGAGACCAUACUUCAACCCUUUCACUCUAUGAAGAUGGUCUUUCCAACUAUACAUAGUUUCUUUAACCCCUUCUAAGCUAUAACCAAGAUAUCACACUUGGCUACUUAGAGGUACGUUGCCUGAAAAUUAAUUUCCCAGUAAUAGUUCGUAAGUAAAUAGUGAAGUAGAAUGGAGAAACCAGAAAGGGAUCUCUCUUCAUUCGCUAUUAUUUAUGAUUCACAUUGUUUUACGUAACAGAAACUGAACUGGAGCAAAUUUUGUGGCUUCCUACAGCCACUCAUUAAAAUGCCCUCGCUGAGCGUCUAGCGCGUCCUCUGCUCUACGUGACCCGGAGUGCACGUCUCCCCCAUUCACAAAGCACCGAGUUCCCCCCCUCUCCCACCUCACUCUUACUCGCCCACACAAUGACGUCAGCGGGGUUGGAAACUCAAUUUAUCUGUGUUCAACGCCCCGACGUGCAAUGACGCACAAGACAGCUCUCAGCAAUGGUCCAAGUAUAAAAAUUUCAGUUUCCACUACAACUUUCAACACUGCCGAUUUGGCCACAUCCAUUUUGAAAACGGUUUACAGAUUGCUUUCUGACUGAGGCAAUAAAUUAUGUCAAAACAGAAAUGUACAUUCACAGUCAAAAAGGAGACGUUGAAAAAGUGUUACAACACUUCUUCUCUUUUUUUCUUUUUUUUGCUGAUAAUAGACGCAUAUUACGGCUGUAAACCUGGGACACGUGGAACGUUAAUUACAUGUUGCUCACAACAGAUUUAAAACACAUCCCAAUCACUUUCGAAUUCUCGGCAAGCUUUCGGCGUUUAAGGCCAACUGAAACAAUUUUAACCAACACGUUAUUUAUAUGACUGACGUUUAUAAUCCUACUCAAGCAGGCCUGAUAGCCUUCCGUCUCGUAUUCGAUAGAACACAGGCCGGAUGAUAAUUAUCCUCUUCUAAUAAACAAUUUGUAAAUUAAAAAUAAUGGAGAUCAUUGAAAAUUUAUGUGAUUUGAAACACAAUUUUAAUAUCGAUAUUGAAUAUGCAAAAUGAUUAAGCAUAAGAACCAAUAUUAUACAUACUGUUUUUAACUAAUUCCACACUUAAAACAAAAUCCAGGCUUUUGAGACUGACUUUGUACAGAAUAUAAAAUUCGUUAUAUUAGUAAAGAUGUAGUAUAUUGAAAUUACAAUCAUUGUCUGUUAGAACAUAAAAUAGACCUAUCUUUAGAAGAAGAUUUAACGUGUCAGUAUACAAUAUAUAAGAUAUGUAAUAUUCGUGUUUUAACAUGUAAGGCAAUUCAACUGAGUAAUGUAAAAUUGUUCAUAUUUGUAUAAGCUACGUCACAUACUAAUUUCUCUACAAAGUACGAUUUUAAACAAAACUGUUUGCUACAGAUGGGUUUAUAUACUUCAGUUUAAACUGCCUACAUAUGAUGAGCCAAAUACAAUAUUAGGAAAAUAUUUUGAGACAAAGAAGCUUACAACAUGAAAUGAUUUAUUUGAAUAACCCAUCCCCAAUUAAAGUAACUGAAGUGGUAUUUGCAUCGCACAUGGUUCAAGUACUUAAUAAAUUACAAAUAAUUACAAAUUGAGACUUAGUGAGUAAGUUGGAUCACCUUGUCCGAGCUAUAAACGUUUCGUGAGAUGCGCAUCUGUUCGCUGAUGAACAGAAAUAAACUCCUUCUAACAAACUAUGGAGUCGGAAAAUUGUGCCGCCCGAUUCUAAACGCAUUCAUACUGGUCAACGUUAAUGUAAUGACCCCACAACACGCCAAUGUCUUGCAUUACUGAUUAAAUAUUACCGCAGCGCAAAUUAUAACCGUGUACUAACAUUCCACAGCAGAGAUUCCUACACAUUUUUCUGUUUUAUAAAAAUAUUUUGUUUACUUUUGCCAAUGGUGGUCUUCUGGGUUGCGUAGUCUUGUAAGUGGUUACAACGUCUCAGUGAAGUGAUGACAGAUUCACUUCCUACUUCACCGUGGCCACGUGGCAUCACUACUCAAAACACCACAAUCGACAUCUUCCCUGCCAUGAGAAUCGCAUUAUGAUGCUUCUAUUUUCAUGUUGUGUGAUCAAUUGAUUUGAAACAUGUCUCACAUCCUACGGAGCAGAUUAUAUGAUCAAAUUAUACUAAAUGUAAACCCCAAUACAUAACAAAAAUGUCGCCGAAAAAUCCGAGCAACGGAAAACUUCACUCAAUGAUAUUACGUAAAAUUCAAACUGAAGUCCGCAAUCCCAGGAACUGAUAACAAAUGUCACAAGUAAAUGACGCAGAUUUACUUAUAAUGUGGCUUUUGUUUCUGAGUAAUGACACGCUAUGCCUUAGAUGCAGGCUAAAUUGCCGACUUUCAGAUUCAAUCCUCAAGAUUUCCCCUUGAAGACCUAGGACACAUCGGCAGAACAGCGUGCAUCUGCAUCGUCCCAUCACCCUGAAAUAAGAUUCACACUAAUACUAAACCCCAGUAAAAUCGUAUAAUAUUCUAUUCCUUUAAUUAUUUCCAUUGCAUUGUUUCGUCCAAAAGGGAUGUACUUUUCUUAUCUUUCAAAUUUUCACGAGUCUCUUCCGACGGCAGCUAGGAAUAUUCAGUAUUUCCGUCAAGCAUUUGUAUAUAAGACCCGUUAGAAACAUGUAUAUAGCAGUGUCUUGGCACAUGCUAGCGGUAUAUUAAAAAGCUAUGAUUGUUAGUUACGUGUAACGUCAUUAUUGGUUGUUGUUGAACUACAAUAAUAAACAUAUUAAAUAGUAAAAUAUUUGUAGGACUGGUUCUGGCCUGCAGUACACACGAAUUUGAAUGUUGGUCGUAAAAAUCAAAUGCAGCGAAGCAUUCAGGUUUCUGAAACCACGUGGAUGAAUGAAAAUCUAAAUGUCUUAAUGUAUAAUCUAGUGGAAACAUAUAACAAUUUUUUCCACUGACGUUCCAUAAUUUUCUAUUAAAAUAUAUCUCAAAUUUCAAUUUAUUCGAUAAUUAGGAAAAAUUAUUUUAAAAAUCUUAUUAAAGUGAAGCGGAAAUUAUACAGCCCUAACAUUACAUUGUAAAAUAAUGCAUUAAGAGAUUAUCAAGUGUUUAUGAAUGUACGAAAGCAUACUCGUUUGGUGCAUCCGUGGUGCUAAGAGUGUCAUUACAUUUUCAAACGAAGUGGCCACCACUGUGAAAAGAUAUUCUGUCUCAACGUCAUAAUUUUUUCAUAUAAAGUCAUUUCAGGUUGCAUUAACUUACUGGCCUACUGUGACUGUGGCAGCUUCAAAAUUACUUUAAAAAUAAACAUCUUUGUGCCACAUAAAUGUAAGAUACAUUAUUUUGUAGGUGAGGGGGUGCUUCUAUGUGAUUAAAAUUUCACUCUGUUCUUUUGUAUUUAACUCAAUCUUCGCAGCGGAAGGAAACAUCGAAGGUAACGAUUCACCAUCUACAAAGCCAAUACGACAAAAGAUCUCCAAGUGAGAUUGUAUUUUCUUCAAACUUUCUAUACACAAUCUUUUCAGGUAAAAGUAAUCCAAAUUCAGCUUCGUGUAUACUCAGUACGGACAAUAUUAUUCAUUACACAAAAUAUUUAAACACACUACCAUAACCUUAACUCUAGCAGACAAAGUACCUGUGAUAUGGCAGAGAAAUAUGGACUGUGUGAGUAGUGUACUUCUAAGUGAAUAACCAUGUCUACACAAAAUACACUAAAGGCUAGUUUCGCAAAUUAUUUUCAAACUCAUUCUAUUCGACGACUUCUUGUCUGCAAUAAAUAAUAUUGCAUUAUUUUAGUUAUACUUUGUACGUUAAGGAUAUUUAUCCUUUUCACAAUGCCCUAUUGCCGUGUUUUCGUGUCCUACUACCAGAGCCACCAAAUAACCUCACUGUACGACAGUUCAAAAUGUCGGCCUAAAUCACACUCUCAAAUUUUAAUGACCAUGAGUUGAAUACUUCCUUACAUUAAUAGUACUAAAUAUGAAGCAACGCCUAAUCUUCAUGACUAAAUCUUGAUUAAAAAGCACAUGGCUGCCGUCUGGGUUGUAACACCUUGUGAUCUGGUAUACGUUUCCCAACGUCUCACAAGUCCUUCUACCAGACUACAUGGCACUACAACCCAAAAGAAAGCCACCUUGCUUACCGCAGUGAGAACCUCAAAUUCUGCUUCAUAUGUUAAAUCUCCGUUAUUCAGUUUUGUUUUGUGCAAAUACUUUCCCUCAAAUAUCCGCAGUUUCCUAUCUAAAAUAUUCCCAUAACGUACACCACAGCACAAUUACGACACUUUUGUGUACCUACAGUCACGCUUGGUAGCUAUACACGUUGACGAAAAACUAUAGAACAAUACAAACGUUUCCUUUGAAAGAAACUUGAAAUAUAAAUUUGCAAACCAAUCGAUUGUUUCUUCCUCAUACGGAACACACUACCUUAUAAAACUGUAUUUUGUCUGAGACAUGGUAACAGCUUCUAUGUUUCUAUUUUCUUUUCGCGUUACAUAUACAGAGCAUAAGUGUUGAUAAUUACGUAUGUACAGCUCAAAUAGGCCAAUUCCAAAAUAAAGUUAUACUUAUAAGCAUAGAUUACUGUAAUAUUAGACCAUAUGUAUAUGGUGCAUGAGUGUGUAAGUCAUAUGCUGAGGUUUUAAAAUUAGAAUGGCUAAACACUUUUCACUUCAGUUAUAUGAAUACAAGAAGCAAUAAUUCGGCCACCAAAAAGUGGCAAUAUUCUUGAGGCCAACAAAUAAUUUAGUUAUGUGAACGUAAUUAAACACAAAAGUGAGUGACUUUGACAAAAAAAAAACUCCCGUUAAUAAUUUUCAUAAAGAACUCAACAUACAAUAUAAAAUUUAAAACAAUUCCCAUGAUACUUUCACUGACUAAUAAAACGAAACGUCCACAUCGAGUAUCGAUCUGACAACUUUCAGUUAAAAAAUCACAGGCCUAUUUACUUAGAAUACUAUUACACUAUUCUUUUCAAAUUCUUUGAAAGUAAACUUCAAUAUUAUGAAUUGAAUAAGAAAGAGUCAUAAAUUUAAGUCGUGUUGCACACACAAUUAAUACAAAAUUCUGUAAGUGGAAUUCUUGUUUGUCACUUUGUGUGCCGCAUAUACUACUCAUUUUUCACACAAAAAAAAAAUUUUCCUCAAACGUAUAUACCAAAAUGUAUUGAAAUGAAUUCUAUCCUGAAAUUUCAAUAACGAAUAUAAAAUGGCGAACGCUUUUAAAACAUUACACUGAUGUUUCUACGAGCUCAAAGAAUAACAUGAUUAAGCUUCUAGUAUUCAUUUUGUAAACAUGUUGUAUUAUGCCUAUUUAAAGGGCCUAAAUGAUGUUUGAUAUAUUAAUACUGUCAUCAAAAGGUUCAACCUAGUAGUUACAACUAACAAAUACUAAUUUCGAAAUGAAGAGGAUGCGUUAACCAAUAUUUUUGUUGAAUUUAUAAAAACUCUAAGAUUUGCUUUUGUAAGAGCAAAUUAUGUGAUGGACUGUGUGUGUACUGAUGUAAUUUAAGAUAUAUUCAAUCUGAUGGCAUUCCUCGGAAAGAUAAAAAACUGUGUUAUAUAUUUCUGGGCAACAGUUUCCUUUGGUAUUAAAUUAUAUUCAUCACUAUAUUUUCUCGCUGAUUUUUAAUAAUAUAGAGUUAAUAAAUUC